CACAAUUUAAAAACUUUUAUAGUUAUUUAAACGGUAGAUGAAGUAACUCUUGUGUAGAAAGAACUCUCAGCUUGGUACGUCGUAAUUACGAAAGAAUUUAGAUUUUCCAAGAAGAAAAAUGGUUUAUAGAUGCCGUUUGUGUGAUGUAAUUUUUCAUGAUAAAUAUUUAUACCGUUCUCAUCAAUUAAAUCAUUCAAUGGAUAAACAUCGGUGCAAAGUUUGCCGACAGGGAUUUGUAACUGAAAAAGCUUUAUUAGAACACAUGAAUGGCAUCCACCCAGAAGCAAAACCUUAUGUGUGUAGACAAUGCUCUAAGGGUUAGAAAACUAAAAAAUCUUUUCUUGUUCAUCUAAAAAUGCAUUCAAGGAAACCGUAUAAAUGUACAGUUUGUCCUGCAGAUUUUACAACUGAAGAAAAACUAUUGCAGCACAACAGCGACCACGAAAUUUUUACAACCCCCACUCAACCCUUGCAGGAACUAUCGAUGCAAACUGGUUCUUCUAGUCAAAACGUGCAACAACCAUGGAUGGAAGCGGGUCCUUCAACUCGAAACGUGCAGGAACCAUCGAUGGAAAAAGAACCUUCAACUGAAAACGUGCAGGAAACAUUGAUACAAGCGGGUCCUUCAACUCGAAACGUGCAGGAAACAUUGAUGCAAGCUGGUUUUUCUACUCGAAACGUGCAAGAAUCAUCGAUGCAAGCAGGUUUUUCAACUCGAAACGUGCAGGAACCAUCGAUGCAAGAGGAACCUUCAACUCAAAUCGUGCAGGAACCAUCGAUGCAAGAGGAACCUUCAACUCGUAACGCGCAGGAAACAUCGAUAAAAGAGGAACCUUCAAUACGAAACGUGCAAGAACCAUCGAUGCAAGCGGGUCGUUCAACUCGAAACGUGCAGGAACCAUCGAUAAAAGAGGAACCUUCAACACGAAACAUGCAAGAACGAUGGAUGCAAGCGGGUCCUUUAACUAGAAACGUGCAAGAACCAUCAAUGCAAGCGGGUCCUUCAACUCGAAACGUGCAGGAACCAUCGAUACAAGCAGGACGUCCCUCAAUCGUAGGCUAUGCUGUUGUUUAUCCUUUAUUGUUGCGCCGAUAUGUAAAUCGCUAAGAAUAUAGGAAAAAAGUAAAGACAAAUGUUAGGAUAAUCGGUACUUAUUCUUUACUUAUUGAAUGUAACGAGUAAUUUUUUAAAAAUUUUAAUGUAGUUUGGAAAUUUCUUCCUGUAAUUUUAAUGAAUUUUUCUGUUACGUUUGCUGAUAAAUUUCUUCCUGUAAUUUUAAUGAAUUUUACUGUUACGUUUGCUGCUAAAUUUCUGUAAAAUGCUGUUAAA